AUGAAGUACUUGAAGCCUUGGUGGUCGGACGGCGGCGGCCUCCUGCACCUCACCAUCCUGCUGAGCUUGGCGGGGCUCCGCCUGGACGUGGACCUGGACCUCUACCUGCUGCUCCCGCCGCCCACCCUGCUCUGGGAUGAGCUCCUGCUCGCUGGUGGCCGGACGAGCUCCGCCUACGCGCUCAGCCCCUUCCCGGCCUCGGGAGGGUGGGGGCGCGCGGACCAGCUGCACCCCAAAGGCCGCGAGCCGGACCCCGAGGCGGAGCCCGAGGGCCGGCUGCUUCGGGAGGUUUGCGCGCUGGGGGUCCCCUUCAUUCCCCGCACCCGAGUGGAUGCGUGGCUCGUGCACAGCGUGGCGGCCGGGGAAGCCGACGGGGCCCACGGGCUGCUCGGCGCCGCAGCCGCCGCCUCCUCCGCCGGAGGAGUCGGCGCCAGUGUGGACGACAGCAGCCAGGCUGCGCCGGGGGAUGGCGGGGACCCCCGAGCGGCUGCAAGUAGCCCCUUGGCAGCCGGGGAAGAGGAGAAGGCACCGGCAGAACCGACGGCUCAGGUGCUGGACGCCGGCGGCCGCGCGAACCAGGAGAAUGAAGUACUAAGAGAGAGGCAUGAAGCUGUGGAUCACAGCUCCCAGAAUGUGGAAAAUGAGCAAAGAGUUUCAGCCCAAGAAAAAUCACUACCACAGAAGAAUGAGGAUGAAAGUAAAAUAGCAGAUAAACCUGACUGGGAGGCAGAAAAGACCACUGAACCUAGAAAUGAGAGAUCUCUAAAUGGGACAGAAACAGCUUUCUCUCUGGAAGACUUAUUUCAGAUGCUUUCAUCACAGCCUGAAAAUUCACUGGAGGGCAUCUCCCUUGGAAAUACUUUUACGGGAAGUAUCAAUUAUGGCAUAAAUUCAACACAUAAUGUAAACUUUAGCCAAGCUAUAAGUCACGAUGUGAAUCUCCAUGAGGCCAUGUUGCUGUGUCCUGACAAUACAUUCAGAAGAGAACCAGUAGCAAGGACUUCACCACAAGAAUCAUUUCUGCAGUUAAAUUCUCAUACUACCACUCCUGAACAGACCCUUCCUGGAACUAAUCUGACAGGAUUUCUUCCCCUUGUUGGCAGUCAGAUGAGGAAUGUAACAAGUCAAGAUCUUCUACAUGACCUCGAUAUAAACAUAUUUGAUGACAUAAGUUUAAUGUCUUUGGCCACAGAAGGUUUUGAUCCAAUGGAAGUGUCUCACCUUUUUGAAAAACCCGAUUCAGAUUCUGGGCUUUCUUUAAAUUCAAGCCACAAUAGUACCUCUGUCACCAAGUCUAAUUCCUCUCGGUCUGUGUGUGAAGGUGGUGCAGGUUGUAGUAGUGACCUUGAAUCUCUUUCCCACCAUGACUUGGAAGGAGCUGUAGGAGGGUACUACCCAGAGCCCAGUAAGCUUUGUCACAUGGACCAUAGGAGUGAUUCUGGUUUUUGUGGGGACCUUGCAUUUCAACACAUUUAUCAUAACCACACUUACCACCUACAGCCAAGUGCCCUAGAGUCCACUUCUGGAUCUUUUUCAUGGCAUGGGAAGUCACAGAAAAUAAGUAAGUACCUCAAUGACACAGACAGAAACUUAAGCCGUGAUGAGCGACGUGCUAAGGCUCUGCAUAUCCCUUUUUCUGUAGAUGAAAUUGUCCGUAUGCCCGUUGAUUCUUUCAACAACAUGCUAAGCAGGCACUACCUGACAGAUUUACAAGUGUCACUCAUCCGUGAUAUCAGAAGAAGAGGGAAAAAUAAAGUUGCUGCUCAGAACUGUCGAAAACGCAAACUGGACAUAAUUCUGAAUCUUGAAGACGAUUUAUGUAACUUGCAAGCCAAGAAAGAAAUCCUUAAGAGAGAAAGAGCCCAGUAUAACAAAGCUAUUAACACAAUGAAACAAAAACUGCAUGACCUUUAUCAUGAUAUUUUUAGUAGGUUAAGAGAUGAUGAUGGUAGGCCAGUCAAUCCAAACCAGUAUGUUCUUCAGUGCAGCCAAGAUGGAAGUGUUUUGAUUGUACCUAAGGAACUGGCAACCUCAGGCCACAAAAAAGAAAACCGUAAGGGAAAAAGAAAGUGA